AUGGUCAGUUCCUGUUGUGGCUCCACCUGUGGUAGCCAAGGCUGUGGCUCUAGCUGUUGUGGCUCCCGCUGCUGCUGCCAGCCUUGCUGCCGCCCCUGCUGCUGCAUUUCUAGCUGCUGUCAGCCAUGCCGCUGUCGCCCCAGCUGUUGUACUUCUAGCUGCUGCCAGCCCUGCUGCUGCCGCCCCAGCUGCUGUAUUUCCAGCUGCUGCCAGCCCUGCUGCUGCCGCCCCAGCUGCUGUACUUCUAGCUGCUGCCAGCCCUGCUGCUGCCGCCCCACCUGCUGUAUUUCCAGUUGCUGCCAGCCUUGCUGCUGCCGCCCCAGCUGCUGUACUUCUAGCUGCUGCCAACCCUGCUGCCGCCCCUGCUGCUGCCAGCCAUGUUGCCGUCCCUGCUGCUGUCGUCCCUGCUGCUACACAACUUGCUGUAGAACCAACUGUUGCCGCCCAGCCUGCUGUGGCUCUUGCUGCUGAGCUCUACUGAACUCUCAUAGCUGUCUGCA